CGGUGUCGGUGAGGUACUGAGGUGCUGUAAAUAGUAUGUGCCCCCUGUCCCGUCCCCAGCUGCGAGCCGAGCCGGGACAGCCGCAGACCAAGGAGUUUGUCUAUGACGCCGCCCACGAGCGGCGCCGGAAACAGCAGCUGAAGCGACUAUUCAGCCGGUCGCCCAAACAGAUCGAGGAGGAGCAGCACCUGCUGGCCGAGCUGCGGAAAAUCGAGGCCCGGAAGCGGGAGCGGGAGCGGAAGACUCAGGACCUGCAGAAGCUGAUCAACUCCGCCGACACGGAGCACCGGCGACUGCACAAGACGCCGGGCACCGUCAAAAAGAAGGUGGUCCACGUGGGUAACAAGCCGCCCAGGGACCGGCUCGACAGCGCGUCGAGCGGCGCGGGCGACGCCGGCGGCAGUAUCAAGUUUCCGGACCUCCGCGGCAGCGGCGUCAGCCUGCGCUCGCAGAGGAUGAAACUGCCGGCCAGCAUCGGACAGAAGAAGGCCAAGGCCAUCGAGCAGCUGGUCCAGGAGCUCGGCAUCGAGAUGAGUCCCAUGCCGACCGAGGAGAUAUCCAGCCAGUUUAACGAGCUGCGGAACGACAUGUUACUGCUCUACGAGCUGAAGAUGGGCCUGAGCUCGUGUGAGUUCGAGCUGCAGACGCUCAAACACCAGUACGAGGCGCUCGCUCCGGGAAAGACGUUGGACAUUCCGUCUUCCAUCGCGCCGAGCGGGUUGGACAUUAACCGGCCAAAGACCAUCUCUCAGGUGCUGGACAUUCACAGCUCGCAGGGCACACCCACGAGGAAACGGAAGGCGGCGCUGGAGCAGAGCAAGGUACUUCACAAGAUCAAGGCGCGGACGUGAUCUCUACCCGCCCUCGGGAGAGGGCUCACGCUCGCGAGUGGUGUUUGCGAACACUGAGCGCGGUUGGGCGCCGCCAGCGCCGGGGCAGUGUGGGCGUAUCGCUCCGUGGGGAGCGGCAGAACAUGGAAGCUGUGCACCGGUGGCCCCACGCCCCGUGAAACUAGGUUGGCAGUGGAGGAUCCACGAUCGACUCGGAAGAGGAGCUCUUCCGCAGUCAGGGCGCCCGACCCAAGGUCUGGAACCCGCUCGCGAUACAAGACUGUCGGACUCCGAGCACAGUGCUCACGAGCGCAGUGUUUGAAAAGAAGUGAGUACCGUUCCGUGAGAUGUGUUCAUUGUGGAAGACUGCCGGCCGGGUCGGCACAAGCCCGUAAUGACGGACGCGAAGGCGACCUCUGAAGAGCGCCUGUGGUCUGGAGUGUACCAUCCUCUGCGCCACAGCAGCCAAUACAGACUCGCGACUGUA